AUGGCUCCAAACAUUGACAGAUCAAAGCCCGGCACCGCCGGUGCUAGGGCUGCUGACAUUGACCCAAUUGUUAAUGCAGCAGCCACUAUGACUGAGGGCGAACGGGAAGCCCCAGCCCAAGUUAAAGCGACCAAGGAUAAUCAUAUAUUGAAGUCCAUUUGCUUCCAGCUCGAUCAUGUGUUUCUCCCACCGACUACAGAAACACCUGCUGGCAACCCGUCCACUUUCACCCGAGACGAUCUGCUUCAUCAAGUUAGCAUCUGUCUGGAAGCCUUCCACAAUGCAGACAGCCUGCCAGAACUCAAGGCAAGCAUCAAGAUGAUCGACCAAAUGAGGAAGAUGUAUCACGGAGAGGGAGCCCUGGACGCAGAUGUAGCAAUUAAGAAUAUUAGGAGCCUACGACAUGGUAAUUCCCUAGCCUUUCACAUCCGCGCUCAAAAUGCCGGUCUGCUGCUGCGGCGAGAUGGUAAUGUGGUCAUCUUUGAGUCGUUCGAGCUCACUCCACGUCGUACGGAUACUGUGGCCUGCAAGGGCCACCUGGUUCGCACAUUCCCAAAUAUUGCGAUUGCAUUGGAUGCGUCCAUUGUCACAGACGACAGUUUCUGCAAGCCCUUCGCGAGCCUCUUGUCAGGACUUGACAUUGAGCCGCAUCCGGACAACCUUGGUCGAGAGUCUGCCGACCCGAAGAUGGUCACACGAAUGAUAACAGGCAUUCUUGGAGGCUCUGGCGGAACGAAGAAAGAGGUUCGAAAAAUAAUCAAGAGGACACGCGAAGAAGCCACCAUGCAAGGCGCAGAAGUUUGGGAACGUUCUGCGCUGUGGCUUUUCCUCCGCGUCUCCCUCCAGCUUACACUGGACGGAUUGAAUCCAAACAGAGAACCAUCGCUCUACAAGUCAGUGAUGGUUUACUGCAUGACACAAAUGCUGGAAAGGGCGCUUGACCACGCUACCGAGAUUCCACCAUAUCUGAUAUACUGCGCCAGGUGCAAGAUCGACCGAAGGAUUCGUAAACUUAAACCUCCAGCAGGACAAUUCUGGUUGUCGCCGGUCUUCAAAGUGUUGAAGCGCGCCCAAGAGUUGCAAGAUCAACAAUGGAGCGAGAUUCAGCAAAAGGAGAAGCCCGAGCUUGCUGAGAGGUCCAACAUAGGAGUAUUCGACAUUUCCGAUGCUAAAGUAUUAGCAAGUGUCUCCUUGCAUUCUCUGAAUACACUCAACAAGUACAUUGUGUCUGGGAGACAGCGGCCAUCGGGUACGGCGUCCAAAGUCAAGGCUUCGAGUGAAGCUUCCGCAAAUCACGAAGCAACAGUAUUUCUCCGCCUCAAGAGCAGCCUGUCACAAUUACCAGCAGUGCAAGUUCGACCAAUGAAUAGAGGUGGGAUUUACGAUCUUGCAGAGGUUGAAGCUUGGGUUGGUACACACCUUUCUCAAUGGACACAGACGAAUAUUGGCAAGCAGUCUGCCUGCGACAGAAUUUGCGCCUUCUUCGAUAAAUACCACAAGCAUGCCAAGCACCUCUAUCUGGGAAACCCUGAGCUCGAGUCGCUGAUGCACUUGGUGAUGCUUGAGCUCUGGGUUGCUUGCGACACGAUAGCCACCAGCGAGUUCACAUUUUUGUCUGAACAUGAAAUCCAACUUCCUGCCGAGGUCACUUCCACCCUCAUACUCCCAACGCGGGAGCUGCUAAUGCGCGCUAAUACUGUGGAGCAGUACAUAGCAGACCGCAAGGGUCAAGCCAAGGAGGGCCUGACGCCAUUUUUUGGCUCUUGUGGCAACUCUGACUCGUUCGCAGUACGCUUUUAUGACGACUCUAUGAAGGAGCUCAGUCGGUUUUUCGCACGAGGCAAGAAGCUCGGGCUAAUCAGGAAGAAUCACGACGACGAAUUUGCGGAAGCGCAGCGAUCUCAACAGGAAAAGCUUGAGUCUAUGGCAAAAGAGUAUGGUGACCUGAAAAGACUAGCUGCUGCACCACACAAGCGACAAGGCGCGCCAAAUGACUGGGGACACGAAGAUAAAGCAGCCUGCGAUAAGGCUUGUGCGACCUGUGCCCACGAGACGAUGGCUGAAUCGCUAAGCAUCGAGGUCGUUGAGCAUGCACUUCCCGCUGAUGAGAACAAGGUCAAAUCCAUACUCUUUUGGGCACAGGCACCAGCAAUCCUUGUGCGCUGGGCUGACCUUUAUAUUUCUCUUUUUGUCGACGCUCUUGGCGCCGGGCAGCCUGCUCCCGUAUUACCUGAAGUUUCUUAUGGUGAACUGACAGAUGACGGGAAAAGCGUUUCAGAAAACGAAGAGUACCCGGGUGAAGACAACCAAGAAGACAAGCGGGUGAGAUGGUUGUUAGCCUCCAAAUUCCGCCCUUACGCGCAGCAUACAGUUGCGGUGAGCAAGAAAUCUCGACUUCAACUGCGGUCGCCAAGGAAAUGUCUGAAAGACUUCAGAAAGAAUGUGUCCAUUCACAUCAGCAAAUUGGUGAACAAUGACUACAAGCCGAUCCACGGUGCUAUCAAUCAUAUUUGUGUAAUGAAUGGCCGUCAAUAUGAAUAUUUUGACAGGAAAAGCGCAGUGUGGACUUCUGCGUACACCAAAGCCACCCCCAAGCUACCGCCCAUGCUUUCAUAUGCCAGGCUAUCCCACAUGAAAGAGCUACAGCCAUUCAUCAGUCAGUGGACGCAUAGCUCAAACGAGAUCAUAGCUAGGCAAAGCAACUGUCCUCUCAAAAUGGGACAUCGCGCUUUCAAGGCGUUCGGUCACCUAAGAGCUGGAAUUCGAGUCCAAUUGACGAAUUUACUGGCCACACUCUGCGAAUCAACUCUUCCUAUCGGCAACGACGAGACGGCUUAUCUUUUCUUGCAGGCGGUAUACGAAGCUGGACCUAUGUCUGAUAGCUCAAAAAUGGACCAGAAAAAGCAAGGACAAGUUUCCAUGCCGCCAGUCGAGAAAAAGAAAGAGGAUGGCGUGGCUUCUGGCAGCAAUAACCCAAAGCCCGACAAGCCAAGCUUCGACAGCGCUUCGUCGGUCGCGCAAUACCGAGAGGCUCAUCACAUCCUUAUUGACGAGAGCUUUGCUCAUGAGCUCAGCACAGCUUUACAAGACUGUGUGGAGCGCCUCAAGGGCUCCGGGGAGCAAAGCACUGCCAUAUUCACAUUGGCGAGCCUUACCGCCAGGCUGCUUUCACUUUCAGAUUCUGAGACUGUCCAAGGUCAGUGUCUUGGCGCAUUGAGCCAGCUGAGAGAUAUUGCCAAAAAGGCAUGGCUUGAAUUGGAUGCGAAAGAGGCCAACAUUACAGCUGAAGGAUUGCAGGGCGGGGAAUCCGCGCAGUCUGCUCUGCGCGACCGGGUUUUUGCCAUGCUACUCGCUUGCAACGCCACUUUCGAUAUUGAGCAUGAGGCCUUGGAAGAUCUCCUGCAGGCCCCGGAGGCUUUAGAGACGUUCAUUCACUGUUCUGCAGGUAUACGCCAAUACCUGACCAAAAAGCUAUCAACGCGCCGGCUGAAGCAGUUGCAAGUAAAACGAUGGGAGCGCUUGUCGUAUCGAUCUCUCGGCCUAGUAUUGCAAGCCGCUGAGAAACAUCCCGAUGUUCUCUCCAAAGUUGCUUCUUAUGUAUACCCUGGUUUCCAAGAGUUUGGCACAUGGAGGCCUAAAACUGAGCCUGGCAAAGCACACAUACUCCAGAUAUCAGACCUUGCCGGCCCAAGCAGCAAAAAGCUAGCGACUCUAUCCUUCAACCUGCUGAGUGGAGAAGUAUUGCUUGAUGCCCAACCUUUGACCUUCCUUCCUCCAGACAUUGUCGCUCAUCGCAACUACAAACGGCUGCUGGGCUCAUGGGAUGCUCGGGUCGGGCCAUCCGAGCGCCGAGACUUCACCCAUGCAACUUCUUCAACAUACUUUGGAUACAUCCUACACUUUUCCCUCAUGAAUGCAGCGUCUAAAGAGACGCCGAACCUGAGAAUACUGGCCGUAAGAGAGAAUAAUGGUCCUUGCUUUGAAUAUAUCCCACCAGACCAGCUGGAGGAUGCUUUACCCUCCAAUUUCAUCGACGCUCAUUUCCAUUGGUACAACCCACAAGCAGCAGUCCUUGAGUUUCGACCCGAGGCUCACCGAUGGACAUCUGCCAUUGGCUUGUGGAGAGCUGAAAGACAAGCUAAAAAUGACAAGUGGAAAGUGUCUCAGGAGACCCAGCUGCUCCUGAACCCUAGAAAGUCUCCACUUGACGUUCUCGUUCAGCAAGUCACGAAGAUAGCGUGCGGCUCCAAAGUUUGUAUCACCCUGGACACCACAACCAAUAUGAUCUCCAUCUUUGUGCCAUCCCUCGGCCUCUCUUUCGAGUUUGACGCGACGGCGUCCAGGCUUUACUCGAAGGAGUUCAAGGGUAUGUACAUCGACCCCGACCAAUCCCUUGGAACUUUAUUGGGAUUUCAGCAAAAGCUGGUACUUUGCUCGGCUUCGUCAUCAGAUCGAGGCUUCAUCGUCCCCGUGGGCGAGGUACAUCAACUAUCUGAAUCCUCCGAGCCCACUGCUCACAGUAGGAUUAUGAUUCGAAAGUUCUGUGAUGAUCGCUUGCUGCAAAAGCGACUAUUCUAUACGAUUGAUAAAAUGAAGGGUGAGAUUGUCGAUGAUGGCUCACAUAUCGGCAAAAUCGUUCUCUCUUUGCUCCACGCAACCACCAGUCACUUUCUCCCCGACCCCUUGACUGGGUACACUGGCACGGAGCAGGCCCUGCGCAUCCUGCGAUCUGCUGCUAUGGCUUCAUCACAGGCCCUAACUGCGCAAGAGGUGGGCUUGCUGGAGGACAUUGCUAGGCUAAGUCCAAUUCGCAGUUACAUUUCAGAGAGGAUCAAGAACCCCGGAUUCCAAAUGGUGACGUUCACUCCGGGGUACCAGCCGCUGGCACAGCACGACUGGUUUGCACCAGAAGUUAUGAAAAUUCUCAAGCUUGACGCGGUGCGGAAAGCAAUGGGAUCGGAUUCUGAGCUGCCAAAUGAAGACACUUUCGGUGACACUACGAGAAAUGAAGAUCUGGUGAUCCGAGCAAAUGGUCGUCUUGCAAUUUUCCGCCUGGAUGGCUUCGGCGGGUCAAUUGAUUCAAAAUUUGACAUGAGAUAUAAGUCCCGAGGGGAAUGGUUGACACCGGGGGGUUGUGAUCUUGAGAAAGAAGUGCAUGCCACCACUGAGUGCAUCCUGCAAAAGCGUGAGGGCUAUUUGCUCCACUACAAACCUGACAAAGCGCAACUCUUGCAAUCCUUGUAUCUGGUUGUAGGCCAUGAGGUUGACGGUCUCAGCAGCAAUCCUUGGCCUGCUGACCUCAAGUUUAACCCAAAGUGGCUGCAUCCCCCUGGUGAAUCUUUAGGCAGAAGCUUCUGCCACAUUCACGACGUCUUGUCCUCGGGAAAUAAAAACUUCUCGGACUAUCACGUCAUAAUAUUCAUCUCGGCAUUGAUCUUUGCACAAAAUCCUAUUCCUGAAUUCACUCAGGUUGUUCGCUCCUUCGUCACCUCAGAGAAACUCAGAAACCUGAAGCCUCCUCCACACUCGCUGUUCCAUAAAUUGCAGGACAAACCUUCUGACUUCCUGGGAGAGGCAAGAAAGAUGAUUGUGACUGAAGAUAAAAUGGAUCCCGCUAUUAGUUUAUCCCGGCCACAGUGGAGAUCCAAGAUCUCAAGACUCAAAGUGCCAUUUGCCGAGGUUCUUUUUAAAGAGGCCGUCAUGAACCCUACAAUCGCCGAGCCGCACAAAUGGAAGGGAUUCAUCAAGGUAGCUGAAUCACUUCAAGCAACCCUUGAGCUUCGAGCUGAGUGGCGCGGGAAGAUGGAGUUCCAAAGUUACCUCGACAAAAUUGUUUCCAUCAUGCAUACUUUCAAAGUCGAACGCAAUUUGACAGGCCAGGCAUUCGACUUUUCCCACCGCCAGGCACACACUAGAGCCCCUCUUCCGCCCAAAAGGUCACAAAAACUCCAGUUGUUCAAAGGGUCUCCCCCACUCUUGGAGGUCCUAGUACCUAGUACAUUUCAGCUAGAGGCAGUUGCUGACGCCCCUGAAGGCUCCCAGCAACGUAGUGUUGACACCAGCGUCCAAUGGGGCGAGCUGUUGAGCGAGCUGAACAAGAAAUUUCAGCGGCGCACCCGCGGUGUUGAACAGCUCUAUGUUGCAGGAUUCAAAAAAAGCCAUGAUGCACUUAAGAAAGUGGAAAGCGACAUCGCUUUGCCCUCUAAACACUACCGUCUGCCUGAGGAUUGGAAAGCGGAGCUGACGAGAUAUCGCUCCGCAUGCCUGGAAAAAGUUGAGUCCAUUGAGCGAACCAUCUUCAAUGCUUUGGGGCAUUCAAACAAGCUGGCCAAGACCGAUGAUGCUCCAUCCUCCAUCGCGUUGCCCCGACUAGACCGAAAGUUUCUGCUGGAGCAGCUGAGCAACUGCCAUUGGAGAAGCAUCACUGAUAAUGGUUGGAAGCAAUGUAUUAUCAGUCACGCGAAGGCGAUCACAAACCUGCAGCGAGCAGAGAGGAUGCUGGUUCUUGCCGAGGGUGACAAUCUCCUGGAGCUCAAGCGAGAGAUGGAUAAUCCCGGACACACCAACUGGGACGCAAUGAAUCAUCCCGAAUGGCUUUUGCUCGAGGUGGAGAGCAACCUGCUUAUUCGGCCAGUUCAAAUUACCAUUGCAAAUGAAAUGGCCGUGGAGCGGAGCAAUCCUGGCAACACAGUGUUGCAACUGAAUAUGGGGGAGGGCAAGUCUUUCGUCAUCAUCCCAAUUGUUGCUGCCAAGCUUGCAGACGGCAUCAAACUGAUCCGGGUCAUUGUACCAAAGGAACAGUCAGUACAAACGCGACAGAUCCUCACUUCCAAGCUUGGGGGUCUGCUAAAUAGACGGGUCGAGUAUCUCCCCAUCAGUCGCGCUAUGAAAAUGACACAUCAAAAGGCUGAAUUCAUCAAAAAGCUGCUUGCCUCAUGCGCCGAGCAAGGAUCUGUUCUAUUAGUUCAGCCUGAAGAGCUGCUAUCACUGCGCCUCCUGACGAUCGAGAUGUCGCAACAAAACUUGGAAGCAGAUACAGAUGGGAGCGAGGCCCGCAUUGUUUUGUCCGAUGUUCAGGACUACAUGCAUUCAAGGGCUCGGGAUAUCAUAGACGAGAGCGACCAAGUUCUGCGGCCCAGCUAUGAACUCAUAUACACCAUGGGUGCCGCAGCACCUGUGGAACUGUCACCAGAUCGAUGGUUAUAUCACCAGCAGGUUCUCACAGCUCUUGCCGAGGAGGCAGAGGCCACGUCUGAAGGAGCAUCACAAAGAAUAUGCGUAUUCUACAAGGGCCACUCUCACUUCCCAAGCGUCCGGCUGCUUGAUGAUAAACAAGGAGGCUGGUUUAUAGGCAACGUCGCAAAAAGAGCCAUCGGAAACGGCAUCACGAACUUUUCCCUUCCUGAGGACCGCUAUCUAAGAGACCAGGGAAUAUUCGAGCUUAUCGAAAAGGAGAAUUUGAAUGCCGAGGAGGCCGAUGAAAUCCUCGCUAUCGAUCCCGAUUUCUUCCAUGCGGGAACCAAGAAAUUGCUGGCGCUCCUCCGUGGGUUGAUAGCAGGCGGGGUCCUACAGCAGGUCCUUCUGAAGCGCUAUCGGAUUGACUACGGUCUCGACUAUUCCCGGAGGCCCGCAACCAGGCUGGCAGUCCCCUACAAGGCCAAGGACCAGCCAAAGUCCAGAUCUCAGUUUGGCCAUCCUGACAUCAUCAUCCUGCUCACUUGCCUGAGCUACUACCAAUGUGGCCUUACAGAUCAGCAAAUGGCCGAGACAUUCAAUCGACUGACGGAACUUGACCACCCAGAUGUCGAGUUGGCGCGGUGGAUCAAGACCAGCAAAAUCCCGCCAGAGUUCCAAAAGCUUAGCUCCAUCAACACCCGCGACACGACGCUGUGCAGGGAUAAAAUAUACCCGGCGCUGCGCUUUUCCAAGCCCGUGAUAGACUUUUUCCUCGCCCAGAUUGUCUUUCCACAGGAGCUGAUUGAGUUUCCAAACAAAAUUUCUGCCUCGGCCUGGGAUUUAGCCGAGUCGAAAGCCCAUGUCACCACUGGUUUCAGCGGCACUUGCGACAGUAGAUUCCAAUUGCCGCUGGAAAUACAGCACAAGGAUCUGCCGGAGCAGGAGCAUACCAACGCUCUUGUCAUUGACUACCUGCUCCGAUCUGAGAACCGGGUGGUCCAGUUAGAACCCGACGAUACGUCAUCAAAGGACGUCAGUAGCCUCGCACUUCUGAGUGCUAUUGUCAAAAGCCAGGAGCCUAUACAGGUGCUUCUGGACGUCGGCGUUGUUAUCUCUGACCUUUCCAACUUUGAAGUGGCCAAGGCAUGGCUGGAUAUGAUGUCGACUUCAGCCAACGAAUCCCUGCGCAAAGAAGCUUGCAUUUUUUACAGUGAUAAGCACGAUGCCAUGGUUUUGGACCUUGGCGGCAAGGUGGAUUUCUUGUCCAGAAGUCCAUAUUCGACUCAGACCGAUCGAUGUCUGGCUUAUUUUGAUGAGUUGCACACUCGAGGCAUUGAUCUUCGCCUUCCGGAUCAUUACCGGGCGGCCACAACACUCGGUCCAGGACUAACCAAGGACAAACUUGUGCAAGCUUGCAUGCGGAUGCGAAAGCUAGGGACAGGUCAGUCCAUCAGCUUUUUUGUGACGCCCGAGGUCCAAAGCUUGAUCAUGGCUUCAAAGGGUUCUCGGAAGGCUACGGAAAUAUCGAUUGCAGACAUCAUUUGCUGGUCCAUAACCGAGACAUGGAAGGAAAUGUACCGCAAUGUUGGCAAUUGGCAACAGCAAGGUGUGGCUCAUCAAAGGCACAAGGAAAUCUGGAAAAGGAUGAAGACGGCCGGUAAAAACCUGAGUCGAGAGGCAAACCAAUAUACCCAAAGCGAGCUCCGCAGCCUGGAGAGCCGCUACAUGCCCCGGGAUGGCCUAAGGGUACGCGACAUCCUCAAGAAGGAACUGGAAGAUCCACUUCUGGCUGGGCGCAAGCGCCAACUCGAGCAAAUGAGACAGAAAAUCAUACAAAUAAGCGUGCGGGAUGUCUCUACCAGUUUGGAUGACAUUGACGAGGAGCAAGAGCGCGAGAUAGACAAGCAAGUUGAGAUCGAGCGCGACAUCGACAAACCAAAGGAGUUGAAGGCCAGAAAAGGCCGCAUCCACAAGGAUUUGAAAUCUUUGAUUCUACAUGGCGCCUUUAAUGUUUUGUCGCCGGCCUUCCUCCCCGCCUUCGAGACAUUGAAAACUACCACGGCUGGCGAAAGGUUCGAUUUCAAACAGUUUGGUGGAGCGCUGAUGGUCACCAAUGAUUUUGCCACCACCAUCAUACUACACCCUAAGUCGUGCUCCGACAUAUAUCACCGACCGGUACGAUACGUCCUGAGCAUCGCCAAAGGCAACCCCGCCUCGGAUUCCGUCAUUAUCAUCAUCAGCCCUUUUGAAGCAAACGAACUGUGGCAUGAAAUCCGAAACAGCAAGCACGUCCACCUUCACGUUUACACCGCGCGCCUCAGCGAGGAGUUCCGUAGCAUGGACAGACUUGCAAAUUACGCAACACCUCCACUCCCCGACGAUUGGCGGGCGCCUUCACACCUACUGCAGCAGCUCAAUCUGUUCGCUGGUCAGCUUUAUUUUGCAAACAUUCAGGAGUAUAGGAGCAUGUGUCGAUACCUGGGCCUCGCUUGCACGUCGGAACAGUUCAGCAACAAAGGCGUCAGUUCCGACGGCUUUGGCGACAAGGUGCUCUACCCAGAAUGCAGCUUCGACACGAGCCCACUGCCGCUGCUCAGGGUGCUGCUUUCCAAUGUCCGUAUGGACUCUCAGGGCAUCAGGCAUACACACAUGGGGAAGAUGCUUUUUGGAGAGAUUCUGGAGGAGAAGGACUUUAAGGAGGAGGAUUCGCUUUUUGUUUGA